AGUUCUAAAAAAAAAAACAAGUGGAAAUGUUCAUCUUUAUUUUAUCUGAAUUGCUCUUUUGCUAUAGAUUUAGCUCUGUGAGUCUGCAUUAUAAGUGUAGUUUACAACUGCAUUCAACAAGAUCAUUCUAUUUUGUUGGGAAUAGUGUCUUUAUUCUAUUAUGAUAAUGAGCAAUUAGUGGUCUAUGCUGUGUUGGAGGAAUCAUCUGUGAUUGUAGACACAAGUGACCAAAACGGGGCUGGGUCUCUGUUAACAAAAGCUCUAACUGCCAUGAACCCAAGUAUUGCUUUAUAGACCAAUUAAUUUCUUAUGAUUUUAUUUUUCAGUUUUCAAGAAUUUGACCUUCAAGGAUCAGACUCCUGCAGCUUUGAUUGGUUAACGAUAGGCCCAUCUCAAAACUAUGAUGGCUCCCGGGCAUGUGGGUCGACUGUACCACCACCUUACAUCUCCUUGCAAGACCACGUAUGGAUCAGGUUCCACUCAGACAACCGUAUUACUAAAAAGGGCUUUCGCCUAUCCUUCUUUGCAGGUACACCUUCAAAUAUUUUAUUCUGCAAAGAAUAACAUGCAUACCAUAGAACAUCCUGUAAAAUGCAUCUAGAUUCUGAUAUUAUAGCUAAAAACAAAUACAUGUCUGAGCCAUGUUAUAUGUACUUCCUUAAUUCUACAAAGUGACUAGCAGCAAAACAGAAACUUUUUCAACAAGUUUUUUUGUUUAGUUUUUUGUUUUUAAACAAACGAUUUGAAUAAAAGUUGGACGUCAACUCCAACCAAGAGAUUGCGUUGCUCUGUUAUAGGAGAACUCCACUGCCCAGAUACCCAAUUAAUAGAAAUCACUAUUUAGUAGAUAUACCCCAAAUUCAAGCUUGCAUACAUUUAAUUAUGCAUUUAAAAAAAAAAAAAAAAAAUCUAAAAACAGUGAUUUUUAUUUAUUUUGUAUCUUGGCAGUGGAGUGCAUAACACAAUCUCUUGGUUGGAGUUGAGUUCUCUUGUCUGCAGCCUUACAAACCCUCCCCUUCUAACCCUGUCCAGACUUUCUGUGGCUGUCCUAUCACCAUAGGGGUGUGCCUAGGCACACCCUAAUCCCUGCGGCACACGCUAUGUGCCUCCUUCCGUGGGCCGAUGAGGGAGAUCAAAGAUCUCCCUCACCGACCCGCAGGGAGGGAGGCAGGAGAGGACCCGGGGAGCUCUUGCCAGCAGCUCCGCUGGGUUCCUCUCGCGCGGUUACUGCAGCAACGCUCAGAUCUCGCGAGAGUGAACUCUAGCCCCACAGGGGGCUAGAGUUCACUCUCCACUGGACCACCAGGGAAGGCAGGAGCACGGUCCCCCCUCCCUACAUAAGGUAAGAAGGGAGGGGGGGGAUAUUAACUAAACGGCCCCCACACAUUACACACAUACAUCACCCUUACACACACAGCACCCUCACACAUACACACACAGCACACAGUAACAGCACCCUUACACACACACACAGCACCCUUACACACACACAGCACACACUAACAGCACCCUUACAUACAGCAUCCUUACACAUACACACACACACAGCACCCUCACACACACACUAACAGCACCCACACACAGCGCCCACACACACACAGCACCCUCACACAUACGCACACAGUAACAGCACCCUUACACACACACAUCACACACUAACAGCACCCUUGCACACACACAGCACCCUUACACACACACACAGCACACACUAACAGCACCCUUACAUACAGCAUCCUUAGACAUACACACACUAACAUCACCCUUACACACACAGCACCCUCACACCCACACACUAACAGCACCCUUACACAUACACACACACAGCGCCCGCACACACACAUACAGCACCUACACACAGCACCCUCACACACACAGCAGUGUGUGUGUGUGUGUGUGUGUGUGUAUAUGUAAUAUAUAUAUAUAUAUAUAUAUAUAUAUAUAUAUAUAUAUAUAUAAAAUUAAUAUUACGCGGCGUGUGUUUCUGCUUUAGGGUGCACACCCUUAUACAAAAGGCUGCUCACGCCUAUAACAGACAUCCCCAUGCUGCUCAAUGAGAAAAUUCUUUGCAAGGCAGGUGCUCUGAGCAUUUGCUGCCUCUUGAGUUUAGCUCCACUGAGGUCACUAAACCAGGAAGUAACAGGACCUGUUGUCUGCUUGAAAGCCAAUGUGGUAUAACAUGGUUAAUUUAUAUAAGUGUCAAUUUCUAUUUUGCAAAAUGAAAAAAAGAGGACACACUCUUCAAACAUAAAGCUUUUUAGCAAAAUAAAGUGCGUUCGGUGUCUGGAGUGUCCAUUUAAGAUACAGUAUUAGCUCUGUACCAAAAUGUUGCCACAGGGAUUAGUAAAUCAUUAAAUUAAUAGCCGUUUAGCUACCACAUUGUACAACUCAAAUGUUAUCAUGUGAUUUUUAUUUAUUUUCACAAUUAUUUUUACCCUAGUGAGCGGUUUUCUUUAGCUAAACUUGAACCUGUUCAUAUUUUUUUUUGGAAUUGUGAUAAAUAAUGCAAAUAAAUUGUGAUAAAUAAUGCAAAAAUCAGCAUGCUCUUUAUAUAUAGGUAUUUUUAUCAGUACUGCUAUUCAUUGGAAUUCUUUUCUUAGGAACUAAAACUCUUGGUUUAUUGCAAUUUUUAAUAUUUUUAUAACAAGCCACUUGGUAUAGCUACUUUAUACGUUAAUAAAUCAAGCGAUUUUGCUUUUAUUAUACACACUUACAUCACUGGCAGUGUGUUUUGUUAAAAUAUAUAUUGGGUCAAGGUCAAAAGUGUUGAGAAAUGCUUAUUUUUUUUAAUUUUUUUUUUAUAUUUUACUUAGGAAAGACCAAAUGUGCAAAUGACCGGUUCCAUUGUGAAAACGGAAAAUGCAUUUCCAAUACAUUGAAGUGUAAUCAUGUUGAUGAUUGUGGGGAUGACUCUGAUGAAAAGCUUUGCGCCAAAGUUAAUCGGCCAACACUGGCUUCUUUUGAGCCCUGUACAUACAACCAGUUCCAGUGUCUAUCGCGUUUCACCAAAGCCUACACCUGCCUCCCUAACUCCUUGAAAUGUGAUGGGAAUAUAGACUGCUUGGACUUGGGUGAUGAAAUAGAUUGUGACAUGCCGACGUGUGGACAAUCCCUUAAAUAUUUCUAUGGUACAUUCAGCUCUCCGAACUAUCCCGAUUUCUAUCCUCCUGGUAGUAACUGCACAUGGCUCAUUGAUACUGGUGACCGACGUAAAGUUAUCCUGCGCUUUACAGAUUUUAAGUUAGAUGGUACAGGUUAUGGGGACUAUGUGAAAAUAUAUGAUGGACUGGAGGAAAAUCCCCCUAAACUGCUACGGGUCUUGACAGCUUUUGAUUCUCAUACUCCACUUACAGUAGUGUCUUCAUCUGGACAAAUAAGAGUCCAUUUUUGUGCUGAUAAGGUUAAUGCAGCCAGAGGUUUUAAUGCAACAUACCAAGUGGAUGGCUUUUGCUUACCAUGGGAGAUCCCAUGCGGUGGUAACUGGGGGUGUUACACGGAACAGCAGCGUUGUGAUGGUUACUGGCACUGCCCAAACGGAAGAGAUGAAUUAAACUGCACCAUGUGCCAAAAAGAGGAGUUCCCAUGUAACCGGAAUGGUGUCUGCUAUCCCCGCUCAGACCGAUGCAACUACCAAAACCAUUGCCCAAAUGGUUCAGAUGAGAAGAAUUGCUUUUUUUGCCAGCCAGGAAACUUUCACUGUAAAAAUAACAGAUGUGUGUUUGAAAGCUGGGUGUGUGACUCUCAGGAUGAUUGUGGAGAUGGCAGUGAUGAGGAAAACUGCCCUGUUAUCGUACCUACAAGAGUCAUUACCGCAGCAGUUAUUGGGAGUCUCAUUUGUGGACUAUUACUGGUUAUUGCUUUAGGAUGCACUUGCAAACUUUACUCCCUUCGGAUGUUUGAGCGAAGGUAAGUGGAUGUAUGUCAUUUUGAGCACAUUUCUGAAUGUGAAUUUAAAGCGUAUUUGUGUUGCUUGUCAGAAAAUUAAAAGCGUUCCUCUACCUCCUCUGUACAGUUAUUAUUGGCAUUGCUGCUAGAGAAAAUGAUGUAAAGAACGCAAAGUCCUUUUUAUUACACAUGUGACUGCUGGAUAAACUUGGUAAAUUACUAUUGGCAGUCCAUCUAUUGUAGACUACAAUUCCUAUGAUUAGGGUAGUUGGCUACAACUUCCAUGAUUAACUAACCUUAGAUCUGUGUAGGGUUCUUUGAAGUUUCAAUUUAGUAACAAUUAGAGAUGCAACUUUUGAACAGUUUUAGAUAAACUAUAAGAUAGAAAUGUUGACACAGGUAGAGAAAUUGAUAAAUUAAAAAAAGCAUGAAACUAAAUGAUCACAUUCAUAUCUAUUAGAAUUUAUAUAGCUAACCAUGUUUUUUACAAUUAUAAUGUAGGGUAAUUGAAGAAGACCUUGCUCAAAUGAGCUUCAGGGGUGUGGAUUAAAAAAGUAUAUAUCUACUUAUCCUGACACAGAAUUAUUUAAAUUAAACACAUUGAGGUCCCUGCCAAGAGCCCUGGGGAUUAAUAGGGCUAUUUGCUAAACUGAGUUUUCUGAAAAUUCAGAAAGUAAAAAAUGGAAGCAGAAAUAGCAGAUGUGGAUAAAAAAUUUUUCUAACUCUGCCAUACUCACAACAUACUGCCUAAGUGUUGCCGUUUGGAUUCAUUUUGCAAAAAUGCAGAGUCUUAUGAAUUACGGAGUGUCUCACACACUGCUCUCCUAUAGUCUAGUCCUUUUUUAUACUGUGUGGGGUGUGUGCUCACUGUAUGUGAUGUGUUUGUGGUGUGUGCUGGCCGUUUGUGAUUGUGAUACACUAAAACACACAUUCCUAGCUCUUCUCUGGGACACAGGAGUGCUGCAGCUUUAGCCACCGCAGCUCGGCUGGGGUCUCUCCGUCGCUUCCCGCCCUGGAACAGGUCCUGGGUAUAGCUGUGAGUGAUUAUGCUCUCCUGCAGAGAGUAAAGCUGAUCCACCCAAACACUAGCCCAGAGUACGUGAAGGGUGUAAAAGAACUGAUUUAUUAUGGCCAAGUUGCCUGCUUCUAUACACAACCACUAGCAGCAGGUCUCCCCACAAUACAAUGCAAGACAAGCCCCUCCCAAAGAUCUCUGUGCCUGGGAGAUAAUUGCGUUAUAGAUCGGUAAGCUAAUGAUCUCCCAGGAACAGAGAGGCAAAUAUAAAACAUAAAAAUUCCCCAAAACAUCAUAAAAAUAUAUAACCCCACAAAAAAAAUAGGGAUCGACCGAUAUUGAUUUUUUUUAUUAUUUCUUAUUUUAGAGCUGAUACCGAUAAUCUGAACUUGCAGGCCGAUAGCUAACCGAUUAUUCUGUACAUUUACCGUAUUUUUAUUUUUUUGCAAAUUUUUUUUUAUUUUUAUUAAGUGGUAAAUGCACAAAAUAUACAUGCCAGUCAUAUUUUAUUUUCAAGAAUAUAUGUGUGUGUGUAGUGGAUGCAGUGAGCGUAUUUGAUAAGUAAAUGCAAUGUGUUGGUGUGUAAAUAUGUGUGGUAUGACCCCUCCCCCCACCCCUUACCUGUCUUAGUGCCCCACAUUCCCCUUAAUGUUUCUCUCCAUUCUCUUAGAGGUCCCCCCACUACCCCAGUGUUUCUUUUCCCUUCCAUCCCCUGUACCUUAGUCUCCUCCCUUAAUGUUCCUCUCUCCCACCUAGUGUUCUUUCCCCUGUCCCGUAGUGUUCUUUCCCCCCCUCCCCUGUCCCGUAGUGUUCUUUCCCUCCUGUCCCAUAGUGUUCUUCCCCUCCUCCCCUGUCCCAUAGUGUUCUUUCCCCUCCUCCACUGUCCCAUAGUGUUCUUCCCCUCCUGUCCCAUAGUGUUCUUUCCCACCCUCCUCUGUCCCAUAGUGUUCUUCAAAACCCCGGACCAAGUUGGCUGGUGGUCAUCUCAUGCCGAAAAAAGUACUGCUGAGUACAAUUCAUGGGUUUCUUCAUGCGAAUGGCCGCCAGGGAGCUAGUGUUCGGUUCCAUUCGAAUGAAGGGAAAGUGCCGAACCAGGGGCACCCAGGGAAAGCUGCUAAUGGCGGCUGGGGGAGAUUUAACUCCCAAACAGGCUCUUUGUAUAUGGCCCAUAGUCCUUGGGCAGGAGUCUAACUAGCAGGCUACUCCAGGAGCUCGUGGCAUCGGCACGUUUGCCACACUCUGACACACACAGAACUGCUUACCAGUGGCUGAUGUUCAGUGAAUGUGCAGCCUUUCCCACGCUCUGUCCAUUAACAGCGUGUUGACCGCCAGGAUUACAUAACACGGAGUCAUGAGCAUCAUGUGGAGUGAUUUGGCUGCUGCUGCUCUUCACACCUCCCUCUGCUAAAGACCUUGCCUCCAUUUAGCCACCUGUUAGGUGUGCCAAAGGUUAUGUAUUACUUUGCUAAUGAACUGUCCUGGUGAUAUUACUUCUGAAACAUUAGUAUAGCAAUAAAGACUGAAGUAGAACUCCUUCAAAUAUUUGUAUUAUUAUUUUACAUACUUUAAAUUCUAGAAUCUGAGUUGUAUUUCUUUUGUUGCAAGAUUCUAAAUGUAUAUAAAGUGUGUGUGUGUAUAUAUAUAUAUAUUAUAAUUUUUUUUUAACUAUUUCAGAUCAUUUGAAACACAGCUUUCAAGAGUAGAAGCCGAUUUACUAAGACGCGAAGCCCCUCCUUCAUAUGGACAGUUGAUUGCUCAAGGUUUAAUUCCGCCAGUCGAAGACUUCCCAGUGUGCUCUCCAAACCAGGUAACCUCUUCUGAAUUCUGUAGUAAAAAAAAUUAGGGCCGCACUCUUAUUACAAAGAAAGUAUUAGAAAGUUAAUAAAAGAUUACAUUUAAUAAUCCAUACUAAUAUUAUCCUUUGCUCUAUAUAACCUUUGUCUAACCAUGUAUCUUUAAUUUUAAUGGAAAAUAAUCACAGGAAUCAAUGGUUCUAAAUAUGUAUAUAUAUUUGCAAUACCGUUUCACAGCAGUUAAAGGAACAAUCCAGGCAUCAUAACAACUUUAUGGUUGUUGUUGUUAUGGUUACAGGAGGUCCCUGGUGCUUCCUUGUUGUUAACGUACGGUUUAACCCUAAAGUCUUUCUUUCCCUGUCCACAUCUGCUUUCAUAAAGGCUUCUAAAGAAAAUUUGGAACUGCUGCUAGGUAGGAUGUGGCUGAUUGGCUUAGAUUGGUCAGCUGACACUAAGCCAAUCAGUAGCCCUCCAUUCUUAAAAACUGCUUGAAAAAGGUAUGUGCCUUUUUUCCAUUUUUACAAAUUGUUUAAUCUCCUAAAGGUAUGGAUGCACUAUAACAAUUUUAUUUUGAUAGUUAUGUUUCCCAUAGUGUUCCUUUUAAGCAUAAUGAUUUUUCCCAUUAUGUAAAGCACAUGUAACUGGUAAGUGUAAGUCAUUCUGUGUAGAAUGUAAGUUUAAAAUGGAGCCAUGCCCUUACGGAUAGUAACCACAUCCUUGUAUUCCUGUGUGAGUGUUUGUAGAAGAUAUCACAGGAUCCUCCUUGGAUCUUUUUGUGCAUGCAUGCAGAAUGAGAUACCUUAGAUAAGAUAACUGUGCUCAUCAGCUGUCCCGACUGAUGACUGAUGGGAAAUUGCAAAGUACGACAAGUAGAAGGUGUUUAGAACUGCUUUGUAAUAUUUUCCAUAAAUCUUUUGUUUACUUUUUGUACAUUAUGGUUGUGUUGAAAUUUGUGUUUAUAUGUCACUAAUUUGUAGUUUUGAAUGAUUCUAUAUUUAGCUACAAACUUUUCGAUUUUCAGGUGUAAAACCUAAAUUUUCGCUAAUUUUGGCUUUAGUUAGAAAUGAUAUGAGAAUGUAUUGAAUUUUGCUCAUUUUACCACUUGUUACCGACACAAAUUCCCAUGUGAUAUCUAUUUAGGGAGCAUGUUGCAUUCUCAUCAUCAGAACCGAUUGCAGAUCUUAGUGUACCGUGAGUCAAAGUUUCUCCUAUCUACCUUGAAAAUAUUUUCACUUCAGAAUAGACAUAGGUUCUUCAUGCUCCAGUCUUGAAGACACCUGGUUUAGAUCAUGAACCUCAUCUUUAGGUUUUUGUUGCUUAAAGGUUGGCAAAAUAUAAUUUUAAUAUUGAGCUUUUUUCCCUCUUCUGAGUGUUGUCUUAUUUAAUUCACUCAUUAUUUUAGCAAUGUGUAUACAUUAUUAAUGUGCGAUUGUUUUAUAUUCCUAGGCUUCUGUUUUGGAAAACCUGAGGCUUGCCGUCCGUUCACAACUGGGAUUUACAUCAAUUAGGCUUCCCAUAACUGGCAGAUCAAGUAACAUUUGGAAUAGAAUCUUCAAUUAUGUACGAUCACGUAAUUCAGGCUCAUUGGCCUUGGUCUCAACUGAUGGAGAAAAUACUGCUAACCAGAACUUAAGCAGAGAAACUGAAAGGAAUAGUACACACAGAGGUCUCUUCUCCGUCGAAUCUGAUGAAACAGACACUGAACAUGAAAGGAGAGAUGCACAAGGAGCAGUAGGUGGAAUUGCUGCUUCUUUGCCCCAAAAAACUCCCCCAGUGUGUGCGGUCGAAGCCACAGUUAGUGGGGGCACUGCUACUCAGACAUCAAACACCAGCACACCAGAUAAUAGGAGGGAGAUUCCAGCUUCAGAACCUUCUGUCCCAAGUCCUGCACGACAGCAAUUCAGUAGUGCUCUAAGUAGAAUGACUCAAGGAUUACGUUGGGUACGAAUUACUCUUGGUAGGUCAAGCUCUGCAGGCCAAAACCAGAGUCCACUGAGACAGCUUGACAGCAGUGGAAGCAGACGAGAAGAUGACGAUGAUGUUGAAAUGCUUAUACCUGCAUUAGACUUUGACCUAAAUGACUGUACUAGACCCUUACUAGACCUUGCUUCUGACCCGGAUCCAGGCUUAACACAGCCUUUUAAUGCAGGACAUCAGGGAACAAGGUCAUGCAGCCGUGAUGGUCCAUGUGAGUGCUGUGGUAUUGUGCACACCGCUCAGAUCCCUGACACCUGUCUGGAAGCAGUGCUGAAGAACGAGACAAGUGAUGAUGAGGCAUUGCUACUCUGUUAG